GGUAGCAACCCUGAAGUCACUACGGUCCUUCAUAGUUGGGCUGUGGAAACAUGGUCUUAGGAUUAACCGGAAAAUUCAUAAUCUAACAAAAUGCGCAGAAAAGUACAAACGUUUCUCCUGUUCAUCCUGAUAAUAACUACCGACGUCGUCCUUGGCAAAGCAAACAAAACUAAAACUUAUAAAAACCACAACAAGAAACAAAAUUCUUUGAAAGACAAGUCAGAGAAUGAACGUGUUAAGAGAUCUCUGAACGAUGACGAUGACAGACCAUUUUGGCCUAAUAAAGGCAAAAAACUAAUAGGUAAUGACCCUAACUAUAACAGUAAAUAUGAUAACGAUUUUGCAGGUAAUCAAAAGUUUGCUAAAUCUAAUGACCAAGUUAUGAAGGAAGAACCAUUUUGGGGAAAUAGAGGACGACGAGACAGUUCAAUGGAGAAUUUAUACGGCUACACUGUCGACUUUCCUGAUUACUUUGUCAAACACUGCGAACAUUGCACAGAGUUUGCUCAAAAGCCAAACGAUUACUACGGAAACACAAAAGACAGGAGGGAAGAUUUCGUAUCUCCAUUCUGGGGAAGUCGUGGUCGACGUAAUUCUCUAGAAUCUGAAGGAUCUGAAGAAGAUCUCUUUUGGGGCAGCAGAGGCAGACGGCAAGACCAAGAGCCAUUUUGGGGUAACAGAGGUAGGAGGACAGAGAAUGAACCAUUUUGGGGAAAUAGAGGAAGACGUGAAGAAGAACCAUUUUGGGGAAAUCGUGGUAGACGUGAUAAAAUUGAACCUUUUUGGGGAAACCGUGGUAGGAGAGAGAUCGAUGAACCAUUUUGGGGAAAUCGAGGUAGAAGAGAGACAGACGAUCCGUUUUGGGGCAACAGAGGCAGGAGAGAAACAGACGACCCUUUUUGGGGAAAUCGAGGCAGAAGAGAUGAGGAACCAUUUUGGGGUAACCGUGGAAGGCGGAAGACUUCGGAACCAAAUUGGGUUCGCAAACAAGAUCUAAAAGAAUCAAUCUUGAAUGCAAUUAAUGACGCAGAAGAGGAUAUAGAAAAUCUCUCACGACUCAAGAAGAGUAACGCUGAUCCGAAUUCCUUUUGGACAGGUAGGGGAAGAGAAAAUAAGCUUUCAAUGUUGUUUAGUGGACCUCUCAAAAACAGAGCUAAUUUACCUAAAGCUGCUAGACUGCAUGGCCAAACUACGGAACCAGGUACAGUGUUAGACAAUCGAAUGUAUGUUGAUGAGCCCAAUUAUAUUUUAGUUGAAAGGACUGGACGUUCUUCAGCCGAAGCUGAUGACCCUUACUACAUAUCAAGAGGUAAAAAAUAUUAUAUAAAUUAUAAUUUGGAGCAAGCUGCAAGAGACAGGCGUGGUGCUAUUGAAGAAAUUGUGAAAUCUGUUCGUAACGACCCAUAUUACAUUGCUAGAGGCAAGAAAGAUAUUAAUCUCGCUAAAAAUGGAACUACACUCCACAAAGAGGAAUAUACAAAAGCCAAAGAACUAAUUUGCGCAGCGAUUGACUUGAUAAUGAUCAAAAACGAUAAAGGCAAAGUUAAAAGGGAAAUUGACGAUAAUGAUCGAGAUAGGCGUACUAUAUUGAAGAAACUGGCAGCUCAAUUACAAAUGGAUCCAUAUUUCGUAAGUAGGGGCAAGAAAAAUCAAAUAUCCGGUGACAAAGAUAAUCUCCAAGAUUUCAUUAGUAAUGUAGCUGAUAAAUGUAACUAAAAUUAGCAAUAUAAUUUGUCAUUUCAUAUCGUCAAAGAUAUAUUUAUGGAACUUGGUGUAACUUUAGUCUAUACGUACUUAAUAAAUUAUUAUUAUUAGUAGCCCAAUUAUUAAAACAUGUCUGUGACCUGAUCAAAUAAAAUAUAGA